AUGAAUGAUGAUACUGACGAGCAAACUUAUUUAAUUGAAACAGCAGUAUGGAUACAUUACAAUGUAUUUGACACAGGAAUUGGCAUACCAGAAAAGGCUAUAGCUACUUUAUUUAGAAGGUACAGGCAAGUCCAUGAAGACCAUACUUACAGACUCGCUGCUACUGCGGUCACCUUACUCAUAGUCUUGUUUCUUCCACUGAUACCCUGCUCACAGUCUAUCUUCCAAAACUGUCUUAUUUCUUCAAUUGGUGUGUUUCCAAGUGUGCCUCCCACCGCCAUAGUCAAUCCACUCAUAAAGUUCGCUCUAGUGUUCCUCACACUUUCAAGAAUCGGUGCUACCCCUGUUCGUCAGUCACUUGGCCAAUGGAUUGGUAAAACUGUAAACACCACAUGCACUUGGCCAGGACCUUUUAUUACUGUGAAUUAA